GUUGACGUAUUUGUGCCUUUCGUACAAUCGACAAGCACGUAAACCAUUUAAUCGAGACAGUCAUCAUGAUAUCAAGCAGUUAUAUCCUUUUACGCGAUAACUUUAUUAAUAAAUGAGUAUUCAAUACGAGAUGGAGGGUUUCCUACAUCAUAUGGCGCCGCAGUUCCUGCACCCUGCCUUGCAAAGCUUUGGAUGUGGUGCAUUUCGGCCCAUCGGUGGUGCUUUUCAUCCCCUCUACCCUGGUAAAGCAUUCGCCAGACACCUAGGAGAACAGUACGCGCUUGGACAAAGCGUUGGACAGGCCCUCAGGAAUGUUCGUGAUGACACCAACACGCCACCGCUAUAUCGGCACAGCUAUGCCGUACGAGACGACACCAGUUCACCUGGAUCUGCAGCCUCAGCAUCUCCCAGACCUUGCAAGGAUGAUGAGACGACACAUGCUACUCCCUGCUCUGAUUCCCAUGACUUAUUUUCACCGGACGGUGAACGAAAGUCAUCUUGUGGAGUUUGCGGCACCAGGCUUGGUCCCGGAGUUGCUCAGGCCCACUUUUUACAAGAGCUGCAGCAUCUUUAUAGCUUAACAGCUUUACCUAGGGAUGUGUCCGCACCUCCUACUCACUCGCUUCACCAUCAAGAUGAAGAUGCUCGUUGGGAGACAUAUCAACGAAUCCGUGCAAACCGCCAGCGGCGUCUCAAACUGCGUACGCGCAAGCGUCACCACACAGUGGAAAGUAUGUUAGGCUAUGAUUUAGAAGAUGAGCGGCGAGAGGAAAGACCGCGUGAGACGAGGUCCUAUGAUGCUGAAGAUGAACCUGUAGACGUUGAGGGUGACUCCCUGGGAUGGCCAGAAGCGGCGAUCAAUAUUGACGAUAAAGAACAGCGUGGCGAUAACGAAAAGCUACAUUUGAACUAUUCGGAGGAUUUAGAAAUAUCGAGUACUAAUGACGCGAUGCAGUCGCCUGAACGAGUGAGUUCUGUACCACGAAUGGAAACUCCAAAACCGUUAUCUCUUGAAUGCACAAAAGUUGAAACAGCCGAGCGACCCGCCGAGGUGACAACUACUGAGUGGGCCAGUGGAGCUCCGCCGGAAAACUGGCCAACUUUGACCGAAGCUUAUGUGCAUGCUCGUCACAAAUUGGAAGGCGAGAUGCCUUCUUCUACCGAUUCACGUAACUAAACACUUCACUGGCUCGUUCUCGUGUAUGCGAUUAAUAAUUUCCUAUAUAAUACGUAGCUCAUUGUAAACAUCGAUCAAAUAUCUUAUUACAUUAAAUCUGGGGUUAUGAUUGAAAGUCGAGCACAAAACAUAACAAAAAAUUAAGUAUGAUUUCAGAUAUCAUACUUAGCGCGAAGUCUUGACUCUCAUGAAUUGUUUAAAAUGGAAAACUAUUCAUAUGUAUGCACACGAGAAUGAAUCCUGGUCAAUUAAAUAUCGCCUCAAUGGAGUAAUAUUAUUUAACUUUUUUACUCAUAGCUUAAUGUGGCAUGUUCCCAUUAUCAUUAUUCGAAUUAUUAUCGGCUAAGCUGUGAGUAAUAAUCGUAGUUAUAGCCAAAGAACUCUACAUUACACUAUGGCUAAUCUCCUUUGUAUAGUCUCAUUUUCGCUGUAUUAAUAAAACAGGAUUUGUUGCUGU